AUGAACACUGCUCCGCCACCACUUCCUCCCCCUCCCAGGAUUCACGACCUGGAGAACGGGUAUGACGCUGGCUGGCAUCACGCAAACUCGAAUUCUUCAACUUCUCUCCCGCCUAUCAACCCCAAUUCUAGCUUAUUUGGCGGCCAUCGACGACCCGACGCUGCGCCGCAGAGUGAUCGUAUGCAAAUUGAUGAAUGUGAGGGGAGGCAGAGCGGUGCCCCCCUCUCGCGAAGCCCCGAAGCUCAGAUUAACAUUGAGCCGCCUCCCGCCACGGAGGGAUUACCAAGUUUAAUGUCGAUCAAUACGAAUCCGACAGGUCCAAUGCUGAGUGGCGAGCGCGACUUUUCUCUGCGGAGUGUGAAAGACUCAUCAAAUGCAUACGACCAACAUCUAUUGUCAAAAAUCGGAAAGCCCCUUUCGCCAAGGGGAUCUAUAAGUCUAGGAACAGAUAACCGAGGGUCACUAUCCGCACUCACCGUUCCAUCCGCCCCAUCACGAUGCUCCAGCAAUCUCCCCUCACCAGGACCAUCAGAAGGAUCAACGCUUGACGUGAAAUGGUACAACAGCCCGCAAUCAGGGGGCGUUUCGCCCAUGACCAAGCCCGGGUGGCGAGAACAUAUCGAAGGCAGAAGCCCAAGUGUGGAAAGCAAUACGCCAUCAACAGCGCUGGACUACGAUCAGGGAUCAUUGCGGGAUAUUGGGCGACGGCGGUAUCGCGGAACGACACCCCAGCGGGAGGAUAGCAUCAGUCUACCGAGUCGAUCGAACCGCGGAAGUUAUGACCAUGGCAUGUUUUCGGAUAUUGAGGGGGAGUUCUCGACCGAUGAGCCGGCGCCACCGCGACAGUUCAUUCUUCGAGAGCCCACUCCGCCGUAUCCGGAUUCAAGGCAGGGCAUGAAGCGACGGGCUUCUUCGCCUCCGCGGGAACCUAUGAGUGAUGAGAGGCAUACGCUGCAUGUUACGACGAGUAAUGGCGAUUUGUCGCAGAGAAGGACUAGCGGUCAUCCAUUCAUGAACACUCUUUCCGUCAAUCCCAAUUACCCCAUCGGGCAACGGACGCUCUCGGCUGCUUCGUCUUUGAGUAUCCGGACGUCGGGUUCAUAUUCGUCUACGCUUUCCAUUGGGGGUAGCAGCAUGACUAGCCUUUCGCCGUACGACCAACGAUCACCGGGUGGUCUUUCCCCGAGCUCCGAUCUCGAUACCUAUCACGAAAAAUCGAUCCUCAACCCUAGUUCCCCAGCAGCACUGGUCCAGCCAACAAUCGCAAGGGGUCUCCCCGGUCCAGCCUCCCUCGAACCGCCUACAACAGAUGCUACCGGGAAAUUGUCCGUGCCAACGACGAUCCUGAACGUUCCAAAACCCACAACUUCAAAACUCGGCGGACUAUUCAUCUGCGAUUGUUGUCCAAAGAAACCCAAGAAAUUCGACAACCCAGAUGACCUCCGCUCGCACGAAAUGGAAAAACAAUAUGCAUGCGCCUACUGCAACAACCGCUUCAAAAACAAAAACGAAGCAGAACGCCAUCAAAACUCCCUCCACCUCCGCCGCCACUCAUGGUCCUGCGCCGCCCUAAUCUCCUUCCAAGCAGCAUUCCACGCCUCAGGCGCCCAAUCCUGCCAAACAAACGCCGGUCCAUCGCACGAUACAUGCGGCUACUGCGGCGAGGAAUUCCCCAAUUUCCCUUCGCCGGAUUGGGAUGCCCGAUUCGAGCAUUUGACUACUGUGCAUAAGUAUGGGGAGUGCAAUAAUGCUAAGAAGUUCUUCCGGGCCGAUCACUUCCGGCAGCAUCUGAAGCAUAGUCAUGCUGGUACGAGUGGGAAGUGGACGAAUAUUUUGGAGAAUGCUUGUAUGAAGGAGGAGCAGCCUGAUAAACCCCGAGAUCAGAGUGGGAAUGGGACGGCUGGGAGUUUGUCGUCGAAUGCUAUUACCGAGGUUCUGAGUGAGCAAUGA